AUGCCGGGAAGUGAGCAUGACGGAUGGCUUUUUCUUUUGAUGUCAAGCUCGCUGGUUGUGUGUGAAGUGGAUGAAAGUCUAAAAGAGAAACUGAGAAAGUUUAGAUUUCGAAAAGAAACCAACAAUGCUGCUAUUCUCAUGAAAAUAGACAUGGAGAAACAACUUGUUAUCCUUGAGGAGGAAUAUGAGGAUGUUUCAAUGGAUGACUUGAGGAAUGAGCUUCCAGAGCGCCAGCCCAGAUUCAUUGUCUACAGCUACAAAUACAUCCAUGAUGAUGGGCGAGUGUCUUACCCCCUCUGUUUCAUCUUCUCCAGUCCUAUGGGAUGUAAACCAGAGCAGCAGAUGAUGUACGCAGGCAGCAAGAAUCGACUGGUCCAGACCGCAGAGCUCACAAAAGUCUUUGAAACAAGAAACGUUGACGACUUGACCGAAGACUGGCUGAAGAACCAGCUGGCAUUUUUUCGCUGAAUCUGUGCGUCUCCUACAUCGUCC